CAAGAGCAGCAAAGGGCAACAGGCAGCAGUAGCAGCUGCUGCAAAAACGACAGUGGCAGCUGCAGCACAGCAGCAGCUGCUCUGCUGCAGUCAUAAUAAGAGAGGCAGACUCAGGUGGCAGCAUCAGCUAUUAGUUUUAUCCAUGCAACAGAAGAUUCUGCAACACCCCAUGAGAGAGAUUUGAGAUGAGACUGCUCUCUCUAUCUCUCUAACUCUCUCUCUCUCUCUUUAUCUAUAUAUAGCAACGAGGUUUGAAAGAUUGGAGGUGUAGCUUUGAAUCUUUAGCUGCUGUUGGUGCUUGUUGUGGGUGUUUUUUGGUUGAAGAUGUUGAAUGCAAGGAAUAGGUGUUCUGCUUUCACGGCAAGACAAUGGCAGGAGCUGGAACACCAAGCUCUCAUCUUCAAAUACAUGACAUGUGGGAUGCCAAUCCCACCUGAUCUUCUCUAUCCAAUCAGGAGGGGAUGUGAUUCCAUUCCCAUCAGUCCUACCUUACCCAGGCUCUUCCCUCAGCAUCCUACUGGGUGGGGUUGUUUUCAGAUGGGUUUUGGCAGGAAAGCAGCAGACCCAGAGCCAGGAAGGUGCAGGAGAACAGAUGGGAAGAAAUGGAGGUGCUCUAAAGAAGCUUACCCAGACUCCAAGUACUGUGAGAGGCACAUGCACAGAGGCAGAAACCGUUCAAGAAAGCCUGUGGAAUUGACAUCAACACCCACCCCAUCAACAUCAUCCCCCACCCCACCUUCUCUCUCCCCUUCCUUCUCUUCUUCUUCUUCUCUUACUUCUCCUUCUUCUUCUCAUAUUCCAACUCAAACUCCCCAUCCCUAUCUCUAUCCUCAUUCCUCCUCUUCCAUAACUCCUGCCAUUUCCCUUUCCAACCAAAACUCCACUUCCCAUUUCAAUCUGGACUCUUCUUCUUACUCCUCAGCUGAUAAAGAUUACAGGUAUUUGCAUGGGCUGAAAGAAGACAUCGAUGAGCACGCCUUCUUCUCGGAAGCUUCGGGAAGUUUGCGGAGCAUUCCUGAUUCAAAUAUCGACAGCUCAUGGCGGUCUAUGCAGCGGAAUUCCUCUGUUUUGCCGAGCAGUUACUACUCUCAGCAGCAGCAGCAGCAGCAGCAUUGCUUUGUUCUGGGUACUGAUUUUAAGUCAGGAAGCCGAGCAGUGAAGGUCGAGAGAGAUGAUGAGCCUCAGCAGCCGCUCCGCCUCUUCUUCGACGAAUGGCCGCAGCCACCAAAGAACAGAGACUCAUGGCUUGAUUUGGAGGACCGAUCGGACCGGGCCGCGUCCUCGACGACUCAGCUCUCGAUUUCAAUCCCGGUGGCCAGCUCUCUAUUCCCGUCUGCCAAUUCCCGAUCGAGGAACGGAGGAUUGAUUUCCCUUGUCUGUUGUGUCCUUGAUUUUGAUAUCUUCUUCCCUCAUUAUAAUAACUGCUUGGAUGUCUCAGAAGCAAAUCUUUUGAGAUUGAGAUUGGGAGUGUUUGGCUUUUCCCCUUCCUUCUCUUCUUCUUCUUCUCUUACUUCUCCUUCUUCUUCUCAUAUUCCAACUCAAACUCCCCAUCCCUAUCUCUAUCCUCAUUCCUCCUCUUCCAUAACUCCUGCCAUUUCCCUUUCCAACCAAAACUCCACUUCCCAUUUCAAUCUGGACUCUUCUUCUUACUCCUCAGCUGAUAAAGAUUACAGGUAUUUGCAUGGGCUGAAAGAAGACAUCGAUGAGCACGCCUUCUUCUCGGAAGCUUCGGGAAGUUUGCGGAGCAUUCCUGAUUCAAAUAUCGACAGCUCAUGGCGGUCUAUGCAGCGGAAUUCCUCUGUUUUGCCGAGCAGUUACUACUCUCAGCAGCAGCAGCAGCAGCAGCAUUGCUUUGUUCUGGGUACUGAUUUUAAGUCAGGAAGCCGAGCAGUGAAGGUCGAGAGAGAUGAUGAGCCUCAGCAGCCGCUCCGCCUCUUCUUCGACGAAUGGCCGCAGCCACCAAAGAACAGAGACUCAUGGCUUGAUUUGGAGGACCGAUCGGACCGGGCCGCGUCCUCGACGACUCAGCUCUCGAUUUCAAUCCCGGUGGCCAGCUCUCUAUUCCCGUCUGCCAAUUCCCGAUCGAGGAACGAUGAUUGAAUUUCCGAACAUGGGUUUUGGAUCAAAGGCUUGAAUUUUGAAUCUCAAUGGCUCUGAUCUGUCAUCAAAGGCCUGAAGUAAUUCUAGUGACUUUUCCUUCUUUUGUAUGGGAUUUUCUCUGCAUUUUCUCAGAACUGCUUUUAAUGGUGUUUUGCUUGAUUGAAUAAUGCUGUGUUUUUGCAGGUGGAUUGAUUUCCCUUGUCUGUUGUGUCCUUGAUUUUGAUAUCUUCUUCCCUCAUUAUAAUAACUGCUUGGAUGUCUCAGAAGCAAAUCUUUUGAGAUUGA